GGUCUGUCUGUAUUUGCAUAUGUAAAUGAGUGGGCUGGGUUUAUGGGGAAUCCGGAGCACCUUGUGUGACCGGCGGGAUUAUUCUGAUCCUGAGCUGUCCGACAUAAACACCAGGAUUUUCCAUGAACAUAAACGAGUUGUUUUUUAUCUUAACCUAUCUCUUUCGUUUCGGAAAUCAUGCGGAGUUUACUCAGUGGAUGGGAAUUUACAAGAGUUUAAUGGAUUUUCCUGUUCAGAAGACAGAAUAACAUUCCUUCAGAGCAGAAUAUAACGGCCUGGAACUCUACUCGCAGUCGUGGCCGUGCUGAGUAGUAGCAUGCUUCCUCUGUAUCUGGUCCUGCUACUGUCGUUUUGCCGUCAUGGAAAAGAACCAGAUGUCGACUGCAUUAUGGUUUAGCUCCUCCUACUCACUGGCGAGAUGAUGGCGUCUGUGAUCGCCAGAGGUACCAGGGCGCAGACCCUAAAUCUUAAGGGUGUAGAUCCUGAAACAUGCAUGAUUGUCUUCAAAAACCACUGGGCACAGGUUUUGCGGAUCCUUGAAAAGCAUGAGCCGACCCGCAACGGAGGCCAUCUCCGUUCAGGCCCGAUCUCCGGAGACGACGCGAGCGCUGUGCAAAACUAUGUGGAGCACAUGCUGUUCCUCCUGACAGAGGAGGAGUGUGGUGUCGGCGGAGCCAUGGGCCCCAUUCUGGAGUUUGUGCUGCUGGAGAACGUGAUGGAGCGCCUGUUCGUUUGGAGCCUGCGACGUGACUUUACGGAAGCAGCGAAGCUGGAGCAGCUGUGUAUGUACGAGAUGCUGGUGGCACGGGCACGGCAGCCUCUGCUGCACCACAAGCCCAUCCUGCGUCCGUUCGCCAUGCUGCUUUCUUCCUGUGGCUCCAGCUCCAGCUCAGCGCCGGUGGAGGCCGAGUUGGUACAACUGCUGCACCGGCUGUCUUGCAAUCUGGCACGUGACGACUCCGCCCUCCAGCUUUUCCUCUUCCACAGUGGGCAGGACCAGGGUGCUGCCAACUUCCUGCUCUUUUCACUGCUGUUGCCUUUCGUGCACCGUGACGGACCGGUGGGCACGCAGGCCCGCGAUGCUCUCGCCCUCAUUGUGGCUUUGUCAGCUCGUGACCUCACUGUGGCCAAUCACAUCACCCAGAACACCUACUUCUGCCCGGUCUUGGCCACAGGGUUGAGUGGUCUGUAUUCUUGGCUUCCAGCUAAGCUCGAGGUCAACAGUGAAGGAUGGCACUGCUUGGAAGAAGCAGACUGGAUGAAGGUUCCAGCACUCGUACAGUUCCUCAACUCUCUACACUUCUGUAGCACCGUGUGUAAGGUGGCCCAUCACUCUGUCAGAGAUCAGCUGCUUGGGUACAUCUAUAACGGUUUUCUUGUGCCAGUCAUGGCUCCAGCGUUACACAAGUCGACUUUGGAGGAAGUGAUGACAACAACAGCUUAUCUGGAGCUCUUUUUGCGGCAUAUCUCCGACCCCGCCCUCCUCCAGACCUUCCUAAUUUUCAUCCUCGAGCAUCGUCAUGACAACAUCAACAUUCUCGAUACACUCGUCAGCAGAAUCAACACUCCUUUUCAGUUGGGAACGGUAUCUCUGGCUCUGUUUCGCACACUGAUUGGUCUGUACUGCGAGGACAUCAUGCUGCAGCUCAUUCUCAGGUAUCUGAUUCCAUGCUCUCACCUGCAGUGCAACGGGCGGCGUAGACUCAGAGAGCGAGACUGCUACUCUUCUAGCGCUGCUGCUCUUAUCUCUCUUACUCCCUCAUUCCUCAUAGCCAGACCCUGCACGUCCCCAACACUGCCCCCUAAACCAGACUACAUCCUUUGGUCAAAGGUCACCGAAGGGCUGCUAAUGGGGAACAUGGGGUUUGAAGACCUUUUCCUGGGUGUGGAUGGUUUGGGAAACUCCUGCUGGAUGAACUCUGAGCCGCUGAUGUACAAAAACUACCUCCAGUACCUGAGUGACGCACGUAGCAUCAUCAGCACCGGCGUGCAGGCGUGUCAGGUAUGGUCUGCCCCUUACGACGGACUCAAUCCCUCACCCGAUGACUACUACCAAGCAGAGAAGGAGUUUGAGGAGCAGGAGGUUGGGGAGAGGGAUAAGGAUGAGCGUCCAGCUCUCACCACUCCUCCACUCCAUUCCCCAGCUCCACACCAUACUAGUUUGAGUCGGAUGCCAGAGCUGGAGUGGGACGACAGUUACGACGCCGCCCCAGAUGGAGAGGAAAAGGGGAAUUUCCUCUUUGUAGAGCAUCCUCAACCUCCGAAACACAUUCAGGAGAUGCGUAAAAGUGCCACCAUGAUGAUUCCCGGGUCUUACGUAGAAGAGUCGGAGUUCCAGGAUGACGUAUUGGUUUAUAAUCUCGUUGCGCAGAGGGACGCACAAGAUGAGCGGAUGGCAUCCUUAAAAAACCUUCACGGGACUCAAAACGGCAGGACGAUGCAAACUGAAACCAGCCACAAUACACAGCUUUACACCAACAGUAGUACAGAGAACGAGCUAAACAAUAAGGUACAAAAUCAGGACUCGGAAGAAGCUUCACUUAUGUUAAAUGGACAUACCGAUGAGAAGAAAACGGACCAAUCGAACGAUAACUCAGUUGAUGUCCACCAGAACCAGAGCACGGUUUUAGAAGAGCAACAUCAGGAUACAUCCAAGGCCUCAUCCGUGCAGCAUACUGGAGAGGACUUUGUUUCCCAGUGCCUCCAGUUUAUUGACUGGGAUAAAGAGAGCAUGCUGGGAGAUAAUGUUUAUUUCCAGAGGCUGACUGCGCUCUUGUAUGGCGAAGAGACAGAAACGGACUUUAAUUCGAUUUGCACUGAUUAUGAAGAUGAUGAGAGGAAUGAAGGAGCAGAGCAGAGAGACUGUGAUGGAAAGAAACGUGUCCCGUUUACAGGCCCUUUCAUCAGCGUGCUGCUGUCUCGCCUGGAGAACAUGUUGGAGAAUUCCAUGGAGGUGAACCUGCUGGUGACGGGAAUCCUGGCUCAGCUGGCAGCGUAUCCACAACCCCUGCUGCGCUGCUUCCUGCUCAAUACCCAAGCCGCAUUCCAGCCCAGCAUCCGCUCUCUCUACCAGGUGCUGGUUUCUGUGGGUUGCCAGAUUGAACAGCAUGCAGCCUCCAGGCCCGAGUUUGCUCAGAUGGUACAAGAUGCCGCUCACUAUCUUCUGUUCAGAGAUGAAGCCUUAAAGGAUAGAGAGUGGGAUUUCCUGCCGGAUAACGGACUUGGCUGCUUUCUCAACGGGCACGUCUCCGGGCGGCUUCCGAAAUCUCUUCCUCCAUGUCCCAAGAUCCCUCCUCAGUCCAGGAACAGUGUGUUUGCCACAUUCCUUUACGCCGAGUUCCUGAAAGAGCUGGCAGCCAUCGCGCAGGAACACUCUAUACGCCCAGACUGACUCAUGGAAGAGUAGAAAAAAAUAAAUAAAUACAAAAACCUCAGUGUAAUCUGCGUCCAAUAACAAGCAAGUAUACAGAAUGUGUCAUUAAAUGCUUAGUUCCUAAAUUCUUCAGUUUCUGGGACAAAAUCUUGCUUGGGAUGAUUUGUACUUCUUCAGUUCACUUUAUUUCUUUAUUUCAGUUUUUUUUCCUGACGUUUUAGGUUUUCUAAAUCAUUCGGGAUUUCAUCGGAUACUCAGAUUGUAGCUCUUGUAUUCAGCAGUGAUCUAGAUCAGACCUGAAAAUUAAAGGUGCGAUCUGUCAUUUUUUAAAAGUGUUUAUAUACAUAUACUAAUUAUAUAAUUUCACAGAUAAAGAUACUUUAGAAAGAAUGUUAUUUGCAAUGUUACCCUGCAGUGAAGUUUUUAUAUAUUUUUUUAAUUGUAGGUUUCUCUUUACAUUUUUACCCGAGCCCAGACAUUAGCUCUGCCCCCAGAUGAAACACAGCUACUCAGCUCAGCUUUUUCCUAAAAGGCCACUCUAAAUGUGUAGUUUAGUGAAAGAGAAAGGUUUGUUAGUGUUUUCCUUGCAAUUUUAAUUCAACCUCAGAGGGCUCCAAAAAUACAAACUGCCCCUUUAAUGGCCUUAUUAGUGUACAUUGCUGUGGGUUGAUGAUGCUCUAGAUAUUUGCUUUGUUUUGUGUGUUGUGUGUGUUUACAAAUGCACUUACAGUGGUCAAUGUGUGUAUAGAGUAUGUAUUACAUUUGUACUUUUGUUUUAUGAUGUUCUGUGUAUUUUCGGCAGUAAAAC